CGCUUAGUCGCGCGGAGAACCCGCUGGCGGAAGGAUCCCCACCGAUCGUUGAGCAGCGCCUGCCCUUCACAGGUGAACCCGGAAAAGAAACAAAAUUAUUAAUUAUGCCUGGAAGACUCCUAUACUUGUUGCUAGUGAGUGUCCUGCUCAGUCUGGCUAAAACAGCUGACACUUCUGCCAAGCCUAAUAUAAUAAUCAUUCUAAUUGAUGAUAUGGGCAUGAACGAUGUGAGUUUUCAUGGCUCAAAUCAGAUCCUCACGCCCAAUAUCGAUGCCUUGGCCUAUAAUGGUGUCCUGCUGAACAAGCAUUAUGUUCCUAAUCUGUGUACUCCUUCAAGGGCCACCUUACUGACAGGAAAAUAUCCCAUACACACAGGCAUGCAGCAUUGGGUAAUCAUAACCGAUGAACCUUGGGGCUUGCCCAAGCGUGAGCGUUUGAUGCCGGAACUCUUUCGGGAAGCGGGUUAUUCCACCCAUUUGGUGGGCAAAUGGCAUCUGGGCUUCUGGCGCAAGGAUCUUACACCUACAAUGCGGGGAUUUGAUCAUCAUUUUGGGUACUACAAUGGCUACAUUGACUACUAUGAUCACCAGGUUCGAAUGCUGGACAGAAACUAUACGGCAGGCCUUGACUUCCGGCGGGAUUUGGAGCCUUGUCCCGAGGCAAAUGGUACCUAUGCCACGGAGGCUUUUACUUCGGAAGCAAAAAGGAUUAUUGAACAGCAUGAUAAGACCAAGCCUCUUUUCAUGGUUCUGAGCCAUUUGGCCGUACAUACGGGCAACGAGGAUGAUCCCAUGCAGGCGCCGCCCGAGGAGGUGGCCAAGUUCGCACACAUCAAGGAUUCCAAGCGGAGAACAUAUGCUGGCAUGAUUUCCAGUCUGGACAAGAGCGUAGCUCAGACAAUGCGCGCCUUGAAGGAUAAUGGCAUGCUGAACAAUAGCAUUGUUUUGCUUUACUCCGACAAUGGAGCACCCACUGAGGGCAUUCACUCCAAUGCGGGUUCAAACUUUCCCUAUCGAGGGCAAAAGGAAUCCCCUUGGGAGGGUGGCAUUCGAUCAGCCGGUGCUCUGUGGAGUCCACUGCUCAAGGAGCGUGGUUACGUGUCCCACCAAGCCAUCCACGCCAUCGAUUGGCUGCCCACACUGGCAGGAGCUGCUGGUGUACCCUUGCCGCAGGAUCUUCAGCUGGAUGGAAUUAAUCUCUGGCCAGCUUUAAGUGAAAACGAGGAACCAAAGCCCAGGACCUUCAUUCACGCACUUGACGAGAUCUUUGGCUACUCCUCGUACAUGAGGGAUACCCUGAAGUAUAUCAACGGGAGCACUUUCGGGGGGCAGUAUGAUCACUGGUUAGGAGAACUGGAACCCAAUGAAGACGAUCCCCUGAGUGAUAACUAUGGGCAGCAUAUUCUGGCAUCGGAGGUUCAAAGUAUCUUGGGUGAUCGAGGACUGACAGAGGAUCGUAUCCAGCAGAUGCGAAGUGAAGCCACGCAACAGUGUCCCGCAUUGGCAGGAGAAGAUCCUCUGGAUCCCAAGUAUAAGUGUGAGCCCCUCAAGGAGCACUGCUUCUUCAAUCUGGCCAAGGAUCCCUGCGAGCGGUAUAACUUGGCCCAACUAUAUCCCGCCCAACUCCAGGAGCUCGCCCAGGAGGUGGAGCACUUCCGGGUGGGAGCGACUCCCAGCGCCCGAGUUCCCAAAUCCGAUUAUCGGGCCGAUCCCGUGUUCCACAACGGAAACUGGCAGUGGUGGAAUGAUACGGAUACGGGGUCAGGUGCCGGCAUUUGUUCGCUUAAUUUAUGGAUUAUUUUGGGGAGUAUUAUAGGUUUAGUGUGUUCCAUAAUUUUUAAGCUAAGUUGUGACUAG